UAAAUAAGGCCCCGAAACCAAGAGUGUAAAUGUGAUACCAACCUUAGGUGCCAGUCUCUCUCUCUCUCUCACUCCGAAACAGAGGAACCAGUGUCACCAGAUAAGUUUUUAAUGUGUACCCACCGCCCCUAAACACACGCUCUCAUUGCGUCUUCUGAGAGACUGAAACUUUGUUUGUUAAACCUUCUUUGCUCAGUGCGGUUCAGCCCCAUUUGUUUGCACAAGUAAACAACAGAGAAGAAAGAAACUCACUUUUGUUUUGCUGCUUCUUUGUUCUGUAUAAUAUAAUUCAAAUCUCUCAGUUUUAAUUGUUCUUUUAGUUGUAGCCCUCCUAUCUGCUCUCUCUAAGAUCAUUGCAUAAAAUGAGUAAAGAGGAGUUUUUGAAGAUUCAGACUUGUGUUCUUAAAGUCAAUAUACACUGUGAUGGCUGUAAGCAAAAAGUGAAAAAAAUCUUGCAGAAGAUUGAUGGGGUUUAUACCACAAAGAUUGAUUCAGAGCAGGGGAAGGUGACAGUAUCAGGAAAUGUUGACCCAGCCACACUUAUCAAGAAGCUUGCUAAGAGUGGGAAACAUGCAGAGAUAUGGGGUGCACCCAAGCCCAACAACAAUAAUCAGAAUCAGUCCAAGAAUAUGCAAAUUGACAAUGGAAAAAGAGGGAAUAACAAGGGGCAGGGUCAAAAGGGUGGUGGUAACAACCAGCCAAAGGGUGGUCAAAAUCCACAGCUUCAGCAACUUCAGCAGCUUCAACAAAUGAAAGGAUUACAAUUGCCCCCAGAUUUUAUGAAGGAUAUGAAAAUGCCCCUCAUUAAUAAGGAACAGAAUCCUAAAUCAGUCAAGUUUAACUUGCCUGAGGAUGAAGGUUUGACUGAUGACGAGUUUGAUUAUGAAUAUGACGAUGAUGAUUUUGAUGAUGAUGAGUUUGAUGAUGAAAUUAUUGAGCCUGUGAAGAAGCCCAUCAUGGGUAAUGGUCAUGGGGGUGCCCAGAUGCCGAACAUGAUGAAUAUGAUGAAGGGUGGUGCUCUUAAUGGUGGUAAUAAUGGAGGAAACGGUGGGAAUGGGAAAAAGGGGGGCGGCGGCGGUGGUGGAAAUAUACCGGUGCACGUGAACAUGGACGGGGGUAACCAGAAUCAAGGCGGCGGAAAGGGUGGGAAGAAUGGCGGUGGUAACCAAACUCAAGGUGGUGGAAAGGGUGGCAAGAAUGGUGGUGGACAGCCUAAUGGAGGUGGAAAUGGUGGCCAAAACAAGAAUGGUAAUAAUGGUAAUGGUGGUGCAAAUGGUAACAAUAUUAAUGUUAAUGGGGCCAAAAAAGGUGGAAUGAAUGAUGGUAUUCAUGGCAUGCCUAACGUGAUGGCUAUGAAUGCCCCUGGCAGUGCGGGCCAGAUGGGGAAUAUGACCAUGGGCCAAAUGGGCCAGAUGGGUAAUCUCCCAAUGGGCCAAAUGGGUAAUUUACCAGCUGUCCCGGGCCUACCCGCCUCGAUGAAUGGUGGUGGUGGUGGUGGCCGCGGCGCCGGAUACUUCCAAGGUGCUGGCCCCGAGAUGAUGGCCGGCAACCCUCAUUACCAGCAACAAUUGGCAGCAAUGAUGAUGAACCAGCAACGUGCAAACGGGAAUGAGAGGUUUCAACCAAUGAUGUAUGCCCGGCCUCCGCCUGCAGUCAAUUACAUGCCUCCAUAUCAACCUUAUCCGUACCCCCCUCCCCCAGGCGACCGCGCCGAUCAAUACUCGAUGUUCAGUGAUGAAAAUACUUCAAGCUGCAAUGUGAUGUGAGUCGGUACCUGAAUUUCCGAUUCUCGAGCAACGAUAGUGCUUGGUAGUGUUUUCAUGACUUACUAGUCCCGAUGCCAUGAUAUACAUGGAGUUGGCUUUACUUUGAUUCUUGUUUUUCACUUUUGAAUCCUAAGUUUAGUUCAGUUUUUCAUCAUAGGGAGUAUUAUCAUAGAUAAUAUAAUAUUAAAGUUUAAAGUUUUAGAAAAUGAGAUGCAAGUUGGAGAUGGAUGGAUGGUGCUGGUUUUGCUCA